AUGUCUUCAGCACAGCAGCAAUCUAUCAACCAGUCGGCCGAAGACAGCGCAGAUGAGCCCAUGAUGGAAGUACCAGACUCACCUCCGGAAUUUGAGCGAUCACCAAUGCAAAGCUUUGCCAGCCAGCCCUCAGGCUCUCAAUCGUCCAAUGCAGUCCGUGUCAACGGCGAAACUGCCACCAAAGUCAACUACGGUGCUCCAGGCUCCAGCUGGCAGACCAAGAAGUUCAAUGAGGAAUACGAAAAGAUGGAGUCUCAACUCUUAGAUAAGCAAUGGGAUCAGAGAUAUGGCGAUCCUCUUAUGCCGAACAGGGGCUAA